CGUUGAAAACGACGACUUUUCUCAAUGGUCUCCAGGCGGCUGCUGCUGCUGCUGCUGCUGCUGCUGAGGCUUCAUCAGUCACCACUGCUGCUGCUGAUAGCUCCAGGGCUGGCUCUGAAGCUCCUGACCAGUCAUAGCACGGUGCAGGAGCAGCAGGGACCGUCUUUGUGUACUGCCUCGGCCUCCUCAGGCGGUGGGGGGCCACGAACCGAAGACUCGUCCUUGGACUCGGACAGCGAGCCCGUGGACGUGGACAGGAGCCUCCCGCACACCAGGUCGGCGGCGUUUCCGUCCCUGAUGGAGAAGUCCGUCACAGUUUUCUCCCUCAGCGACAUGUCCCCGUCUUCGUCGUCAUCUAUCAACACAAACUCCUUAAGGAAUGAGAUCCGGAGCAGACGGAACCCUAUGUGUUGUAUCAUCUCGGCUCCUGACCUGGUCUCCUCGUUUGUGAGCGCUGACUUCCAUAACGUGGCCAUUCCCGGGGUGCAUUUUAAAAGCCACUCAGAGGCAGUCAUGCUAGACCUCUGCACUGCUGCUCCCUGGUGGCGGAGAGAAGGAAGUGCUGGCACUGCUGCCACCUCCUCACUACUUCACAGAUCGGUCCUGAUGCAAAAUACAAAGAUGGAGAUUCACUUCAAAGGUGUCCGGCUCCCAGGGGAAUCUUUUAGCCUGAACACCUUGCAGAGGAGGAGACAGAGGUAAGCCACAUCUGCACAAAGCCUUCAAACAUUUCAGUGCAUUUCAAGCAGUCACAAUACUUAUAACAAUUUGUUUGUUUUAUUUUAACAGGACACCAUCAGCUCCAGCUGAGAUGCCACUGCAUAAAAACACACAAUCAAUAAAAUGCUUCAAUCUGUUUGUACCUGUUUCUUUUAUCAUUCAACACAUUUUAAGUGCUUCCAGCUAAGUAACGAAGACCUUCAUUACAGUUAAGCUAAAUGAAAAAUAUGUACUUCAUAGUACAAACCACAGGGUAGAAAUAGCAAUACAAGUGAUUUUAUCAUUAUAUAUUAUUUUUCCAUGAUGAUAGGUGAGGCUCUGCCUCCCCUGACCGCACCUCACUGCAAUUGAGGCAAUGCCCUGACAGUAAACAACGCUCAACUAUGAACACUGACCAAAGAGCAACAAUCAAGAAGUAACCAAGCACAAGGCGCUCAGCAUGACUGAGUCUUGGAGCGAGUGAGAGGUGGGGAUGGGGGAGUAAAGUUAUUGCUUGGAUUUUAAUCAGUGGGUUGUACAGCACGUUGGACAGUAUGCUGGAAGUUUAGUGAUAUUUCCACAGUUGCGGUCUUAAAAUAAAAUCCCGAGUCCUCAGCGACCGAGACCAUCAAAAAAUGGUCUCCAGACCAAGACCGGUCUCGAGUACUACAACACUGGUAUUAACAGCUAAAAAAUUUUAAUAAUAAUUAAAUAAUCAUCAUCUGGGGAACUAUUCAAUUCAAAAGUACUUCUCUGAUCGCAAAAAGAAUGCUGAGAGCUGAAUCUUUUGCCUAAAAAGUGCUGAAAUAUUUGAAGUCAAUUGUAGAAAACUUGUGAAAAUUUAAUAAGUUAGCCAAAAUGUUACAUGAGCAAAGCUUUAGGCUGAUCUGCUUAAAUGGCUAAAAACAGCCAAACAAGCUGAAAUGACCUCAAAACUACUUGUUUACAGUUGCAGACAUGUAAAUACAGGCAGACGGGUAAAGAAACAAACAAAAAAAACUUCAUAGAAGAUAUAUUGAAAAAUCCCAACAGUUUGAAACAAAUUGUAAUAAAGGAUGAAUAUUUCAAACACUUAAAACAAAAAAGUAGAAUAUGAUGGUGAAACUUGCACCAGACUCCUCGCAUUUAACUUUGUAGAGUAAAAAAAGAUAUUAAAAUGUAAAAUAAAUGGCAGAAACAUUUAAAGAACUGCCACCAGAUAAAGUUAAGAAGCAAAAAAAAAAUCAGGGUAGAAUUUUUUUGUAAGAAGUCAAUUUUAUUUGAAAUAUAAAAAAUGGCCAGGAACUUCAAAAAAUUCCCAAAAACAUAGCCAGUGGGUGAUUUGAAGAAGCACAAUAAUUAGAAAGAAAAUAGCAUUAGAAGUGGAAGUCAGAGUUAAAGCAGUGGGUGAAAUAUAAAAAGAAAACAUGACAGAGGCUGAAAAAGGGCUGAUCUGUUGCCUUAAAACCAGCUGACCUGUUCUGAAAGCUGGAUUAUUUAAUUUGGUUUUGGUUUGACAAAAUGAGCAUGUUGGUGUGAGACAAGGAACAAUUAUUCUCUGUGCUACUGCCAUCACAAAAGCUGGUGGUCUGUGGUUUUUCUUUUAGGGUAGAAAAACCACAGACAGGAUCAGUCUAAAAGUCUGAAGCAUGGGUCUUUACUUCACUUUAUUUCCAUUAUUUACCAAGAACUACUGGUUAUUACGGACCACUAGUGUCACUGCCGACAAUCUAGCAUCUACAAAUGACGUCUUUGCCAUAUUUUAUUCAGAUUAUUCUGUGCACGUUUCUGCUCUUUUCCACUUCCACAGUAACUGGAGUAGAUAAUUGUAAGCAGCGGGGAGUUGUUUUACAAACCAGAGAGAGAGAGAGAGAACAAGCUGUCAUUUGGGAUAGAACUCUGGAUCAAGAAAUGAAGCCUGCAUCAUGAACGAAGCAGAAAAUAACCUGCGUUCCCUCAGGAUUAGCUCUUUGAAGACAGACUCAGAUGAAUUGCUCUAAUGCGCUCGAACAAAAGGCGGAAAGUGAUUGUUUCGUUCUCUCUUUCAUUCCCAUCUUCAGAAAAAGUCACUGUGGAUAUGGGUUUGCCAGUAACAUUAACAUAUAUAAACCAUUCCUUAUUGAGAAACAUCAGUACAAAAUUUACGUCUAGAUACUGCGAUGACAAUGGAAGAAGUCUGGUUUAGCUGACUAGUCUCUGGUGAACCACUAAUGUGUUGAUGGUCCCACGUUUUAGAUCCAUUUCAUUUUCCCAUAAGUUAAAUCUCCCAUCAACUCUGACAAAGUUAAUAAAGUCUUUGACAGACAAACAGGCCCAAAGCAUCACAGAACUUUUUUUUUAACCCUUAAUCAUCCAUCAUCAGGCCAAAGUACAAAGCUGAAGUAAAAGAGACGAUAGACUUGAGCAAACGCCUCAUGUUUGCGUUUGUGUUGGUAGGACACAAAAGGCUUAAUCACUGUGCAUAGUGUUUGGUUGCUAUGGUGAUAUUGUGAAUCCAGGAUACCACUCUUUGCAGAAAAUGCCUAAAAAAUAAGCUUUGGAGAUAAAAAAUAAAAAAAUACUGCUACCUUGUGGUGGCAAGUUAAAUACACAUUUCACUUAUUUAAUUGCUACUGUUUAUAUUACUAUGUAAUAUAAACAUAUUUAUAUUAUGUUUAUAUAAUAUAUAGUAUUAUAUAGUAAUCAUCUUUGUAAAAAGAAAAGCGGCUAUUAUCCAUCAUCUUAUGGUGCACCUGUACUCCACCCCCUCACCCCAAUAUUUAUGUCUGUGCCUGCAAGUACCUCCUGAAACAUGGCUGCAGUAUUUUCUGAAUUAGAUUGGCUGGACUGGUAAAUAAACACAAAAUUGAACGACUUCCUGAUAAAGGACGUUUCCAGUUUCUGGCUUUACAAGUGUAAUGCAGCCCACGUUGUACAACAGCUUGACAAAAUGAACAUGUUACAUUCGACUGAUUCACAUGCGUGACAGAAUUGGGACUCUGUAAAUGAAUAAUAACAAAAUGCAUGAGAACACGAGCCGCUUGAAGUUAGAACGGCUACUGAGCAGAUAAAAGAUACAUAGGUUUUAAAUGGCUGCUUAGUUUAGCUGCCAAUUUUCAAAAAGAAGGGAACCGUUUCUCCACAUUAAGCCACCAAGCACAGAACAGAAGAUUCAGGCAGGUAAUAAUGACAUUGUGUUUUUACCUGAAGCCGUCUGAGCCGUUUGCCUCCCUCUGAUCCUCCGUACAGCCGGUGGAAAUGACUUCUCAUCUGAGCAGAGACUGGAAACAAAGACACUCCCAGCCUCCGCUUAGAAACUACAACUGCUCUGAGAACAAACCACGCCUUAAACCAAAAUCACCAACAUGAUUGGUUACAGAUACGUGUCAUUUUUAAUUAACUAAAUACGAGUCUAUUUAGUCAAGUGUAUACAAUUCUAACAGUUGCAUAAAGCUGCAGUACACAUAACUUUUACAAAUAUAUGUCUUUUCCAUAGUUGUUGAACGUGUCACCAUAUUGUUACAGAAUGCUAUCAGACAGAUAAUCUAUGAAAAAAUAAAAAAAUCAAGCUUCUCCAUCUCCUCGUGAUGCUAUUGCUGUCUGAAGAAAUACACAGCUCUGGGUCAGAAACAACCAAUCAGAGGCAAGAGGACGGUCUUAGCGUCGUCAAUCAUGUUUGUGUAUUUAACAAUGUGCUAAUGGUGGAAAAACAACUUACCAAUCCAGAGAAACUGUUUAUCUGCCGUCAUCGGCGGUCACACUAACUAACCUGAACAUUCGGGCCAGGCUACAUGAGAGUGAUUGACAGCACUAAGACCCUCCUCCUGGCUCUGAUUGGUUGUUUCUGCCAUGUGCACUGAGAGCACUGAGAACAGGCAGAGGAGCUCAGUUUUUUUUUCCAGAUCAUCUGUCGGGUCUAAUACUCUCCGGUCAAAACAUAUUUAAAAAUAAUAAAAGUUACAUACUGCAGCUUUAAUGAAAACAAUAUGGAGCUAGUUUUUACACAGAGGUCCUCUCAAUAAAUUCAAAUAUCAUUGAAAUGUAAAUGUAUUUCAGUAAUUCAGAUGUGUAUGUUAAGCUCAUACAGAUUAAUUACAGAUUGACAUAUUUUCACUGUUAAUUUGGUAAAAUAAACAGUAAAUUGGUGUAAAAAUAAAUUUCUUGAAAAAUGUGAAUAUCUUAUAGAGAUAAAAACAAAAAAACAUUUUUCCACACAAAAAUGAGAGGCUACUAAAAAGUGUCUCCACGUUUAUGCAGUCAACACUUGGUUGGGGCUCCUUUUACAUGACAUAAAAUGCGAAAGCAGUGACAUGCACAACAUGGCUAAUGGAGCUUUAUUACGGUGAAUUUACAGACGAAAUUUAACACAUUUUAGGGCCAAUUUAAACAUUAAACUACGUUCUAACAAAGAGCCCCACUCUUUGUAAUGCUAUCCUGACAGACGCAUCAGAAGUCAUUUUCAACCAGAAGACAGAGGAGGUCAUAAAUAUUUUAUAAUCUUAGAAAAAAAAUCCAUCCAAAUCCUAAAAAAAAACCCCAACAAAAAUGUGUAUAUUAUUAGAAAACACCUAGUAAAUUGCAUUUCAACUGUAAUCAAACCCUCCUAGUCCAUUUUGUUUGACCCCAAAAAGCCUAAGACUUUUCAAAACAACCAAAUUUUGUAAACUCAGACCUUUCAGCUGUGCAGCGAUGCAUGGAGAGCCACUCCUCUCUGUGCCACACACUGAAGGGCGGCAUAUAAAUAAUCCAAGAGGACAGACUCUCACACACAUGGAAGCUGCAAAUGGUAAUACUGGAGUGAUGAAAUAUUGAAAAAUGUUCAGUCACAGCAGGCGUGAUGUUUGCUUUGACCCAAUGCGGUCAGCGGGUAGACACAGCACCGACAAAGUGUUCAGUAGGUCUACAAAACGUCCGCCGUAAACCGUAACCUCAAUCUGACUGGAACCUGCUGAAGGGAAACUAGACAAAACAUUUAUUAUUACUGAAACAAAGUGAAGAUUCUUCUGGUGAUAAAUCAUCCUGUAAGCUAAGAACCAAAAGAAAUGAACACAGAUUUUUCCCAGCAGAUAUUUUAAAACAAGCAAAAAA